GAAACUGUCGCCCGACUCACAAUCACUAUUCCUUGCGCCGCUUCGUCUCAUAUAUGCAAGUCGUCUGGGAGGCAGACACAGCGGCUUUUGCCAGCCGCAAAAGGGCUGCAAGGGCUUGCACGAAAUGUCGCGCCGCAAAGAAGCGCUGUCAUCAUACUUUUCAGCGUGCACCCGAGCAACAAGCCGACUCGGACGGCCUCGAUAGAGUGCUGCCCAAUCUCACACAUAAAGAACCCAUCCGUUUUGUCGGUGAUUUGAAUCCCGAGUCGAUACUGACAGACCUUUCUUCACGUUCGAAGGGUGCUGCGCGGAUCAGUCGAGUUGGCACCUGGGUUGAACAAUCGCGCCAUCCAUCACAAGGCGGACUUCCAUCGGAAGACCUUGGGCCACCAUUACGGUCUUGCAACAAGACUCCAAUCAACGUAGAGAAAUAUGGCAAGUUCGAGGGUGGCCGCAGAGUCUUGACCGGCCAUCAACGCAAUUAUUUGCAGGCCGUUGGAGCCUUCAGAGUCCUGCCAAAAGCCACCCAGGAUGCGCUGAUCACCACAUAUAUCGCCUGUCUCGACGGGUUAUUUCCCAUUUUGAAUGGCCCGAGACUGCUUCGCGACUGGACCGACGGCCGGUGUUCGAUAUUCCUAAUUCAAGCCAUCUGUCUGGUAACGUGCAAGACCGAGGAAGCAGCACCGUAUCUGCGCCUAUACGAUGAUGGACCACUGCUGGAUCCCAUACCGUUCGCGCGGAGUCUGCACACGGGCCUCGACGCAGCUAUGAAGGCAGAUCUGGAGCCCGAUCGAAUCACCAAAAUCCAGAUCCUAACGUUGAUGCAUCUUCACAACGAUGGUCCAGGAGGUAUCGAAGAGUCCUCACUACACUUAUCUCAGGCUAUUCACGAUGCUUGGUCCGCCGGCUUGCAUAUUCUCACACCUGGCCGCACGCCAAAGGAUCCAUCGAGCAUGCUCUGGUGGACAAUAUGGACUCUCGACAAGUUUAACGCCUGUCUUGGAGGCAGACCGAUCAUGAUUGCCAAUCGAGAUAUUGACAUUGCCCGGCCACCGCUGGAGGAUGGCCCCAAAAGCCAAGUAAUCCACCUCUGGUUUCGACUGGGCGAUCUCCUCGACGAAGUCAUCGAGUUUUACAGACCAACCGCAGACCCCGACGCAACAGGAUGGGAAACAGAAUUCCCAUCGUAUUCUUUACUGUGCCAGGACAUUGAUCUUUCCCUCCUUCCAGACGGCGAGCAAAGCAUCCUCGAACUAUGCUACCACGUCAUUGCCAUUCUAACCUGCCGCACUGGCGGCCCAACCACAGCUUCAUAUGCUCGACGCAUCUCCGCAGCCGAUCGUAUCCAACAACUUCUCUCCAACGGCCGACACGCACAUAUCCCUCCGAUCCCUCUAGUCCCGUACGCUGUCGGUCUCUCAUUGACCGUAGCAUACCGUUCCAUCCGAGACAGAGCCAACGUCGAUCUAGACCGUGCACAAGCCGACAUCGCCACACGAUGCGAGACGCUCGAAAUGCUCAGCACAUACUGGUGGACCGCAGACGCCAUGGCACGCCUCGGUCGCAAGGCACUCAAAAGUCUCCAACAACCCGGCAUGCAAAAGCAUUCUAUCACCAACAUCGCCAACGCCAUGGACGCCGAGCUCGCAGUGUGUAAAUUCGGUCCUUUCGAGCACAACUCCGCGCCGUCUACCAGUGAUCCCAAACCCGGCAGUGGCAAUGCACUGCAUGUGCUGUCGGACGCUGCGGCCGCACACUCGACCACCGACUCUGGUCCGCAUAGCAAACACGGCCAGACCGUGUCGUCUGUAUCAACCUCGUCCCCUGCUUCCACUAUGCACACGCAGGCACUGCCAGGAGGUCAAGCCUCGCACACGCAAACGCACCUGACCAAUGCCCUUCCGUCCAACACUCAUCAUUUCCUCGCCACGCCCACGACCACAGAUAACAUGGGACCUGACAUGACCGCACUCGACCAGUACCCUGCUGACCAAUACCAAUUCAACGACCUAGAUAACCUGUUCGAAGGCUUCUUUGACCUCAGCAUGCCGACCAUAUUCCAGGACCCGCUGUUCGACGGCGACGCUUUUAUGAAUGCCGACCUGGACUUUGGUGUCCCUGUCCCCACGACAGACCACAGCGGUAGCGGUGGUGGUUUCGGGCUGACGACGAAUCUGGCCCCUCCGUCUGUGUCGCCCUAGGAAGGCCGGCCAGCACGGUAGAACAAUGAGUACGAAUAAUCAUUUGAACCACAAGACUAGAAGCGAGUGCAUAUGCAGUUGGGGAGUUCAGGCUAUGGGCCCAUGUGAUUAAACGCUGAACGGAGGGAGGUUGGACGAGGAGUUUAAUGUAAGAACGAAUAAUCGGUAGUAACCUCGAUACUGUGUCGUCUGAUCUAUCAGACCGCAGGGGUCAUUCCAAACAGCA